AUGGCAGGACUGCAUUCGGAGAAUACCUCUUGUUGCGGUGGUGCAACCGCAGGUCGGCAGCAAAGCCAACCCAUGCGCUUCCAGGCUGAAGCCCUCGACGCAACAGCUGGAGGGAUCUCUGCGGCGAACAUUGCGGCGGUCUCCCGCAACCACGGCAGCGGCAACCGCCGACCGAGCGCCGUCAUCCAUUCUGGGUCGAUACCGAACCGGUCCGGCAGCAACAGCGCACCGGUCGCCGCACCGGCCACCAAUAGCUGCGGCAUCGAUUACAGCACGGGCAACGGAAACAACACCGAAUCCAGCAACAGAUCGUCGAGCGCCGAGUACUGCCCCUCGAAGGAUACUCAAAAUGCCAAACUCAACGAACUACUGUCCGGCCAGAACUUGACAUUUUCGCCGGAUCAGGUGGCUUGCAUGUGCGAGGCACUACAGCAGGCGGGGAAGAUAGACAGACUGGCAAGGUUCUUGUGGUCUUUGCCUCCCAGUGAACUCCUCAGAGGCAAUGAAUCCGUGCUCAGAGGUCAAGCCCUCGUCGCAUUCCAUCGUGGAAAUUACAAAGACUUGUACGCUAUUCUUGAAGGACAUAACUUCGACCCGCAGUACCACAAUGAAUUGCAACAGAUGUGGUACAAAGCCCACUACAGGGAAGCAGAGAAGAUUAGAGGAAGACCUCUGGGUGCUGUGGAUAAGUACAGAUUGCGUAGGAAGUUCCCCCUGCCAAAGACAAUUUGGGACGGGGAGGAGACCGUCUACUGUUUUAAAGAGAAAUCAAGAAUUGCGCUGAAGGAGUGCUACAAGCAAAACAGAUACCCCACACCUGAUGAAAAGAGGGGACUGGCAAAGAAAACUGGCUUGACGUUGACGCAAGUCAGCAAUUGGUUUAAGAACAGAAGACAAAGAGACAGGACACCGCACCAUUAUCGGAGUGACAGUUCUCUGAGCCAUCAUCAACGGACCACAACUCCUCAUCUUUGUGUUGGCAACAGCCACAUCGUCUCCCCUGGACCUCAUGUCGUUGCUGCCCGUUCACCACCAGCUUCUUCAGCAGCUUCAUUAAGCCAUCACUUCGGCGAUGAACUUCUCCAUUUUGCAGCCAACCAAGCAUCCAAACCAACCAUGGACGAAGCUAUGGCCGUCAUGGCCAUGGUCAAAUCGGAACCUGGACUUUAUCAUCCCUCUGCACUUGUUUAUCCCGGCAACUCAUCUGCAUAUGAUACAGCGGCUACUUUAUCACAUUUACAUCACGCUGCAGCAGCGAUAAAUCAUGCGUAGUUUUCUAAUGCAGUGGAAACUCAGAAAUCCGAACCCCGGAGAUCCGAAAUUUCGGAUAAUCUGAACAACUUGUGAAGUGGAGGCCUAAAAUUACGUUUAAAAAAAAUGAAAAAUCAAUAAGUACAAUUAAAAAGCCAAACUAGAUUUUUAACGUGUGCUACUUUUAGCAAACAGAAACUUGUAAAGUGUGGCGUUAUUCAAUUGUUCUAUAACUUGUCAUAGCACAGAA